AUGGCAUGUACAAUUGCCACUGAAAGUGAGCAAGGACUAGACAACCUACUCACAAAGUUUUGGCAAUUAGAUGAAGUUGCAAGUCAUGACCGGCAACUUACAAAUAUCGAAAAAAAAUGCGAAGCAGCAUUCAAUCAAAAUACUCAACAAAACAACGAAGGACGGUUCAUUGUAAAAAUUCCGUUUACAGACGAUGCAUCUGCACUUGGUGAAUCAAAACAAAUGGCUCUAAAUCGAUUCUUGAAACUGGAACAGCGACUGAACAAGCAGCCUAGCUUACGAGCAGAAUAUGUCAGUUUUAUGAGGGAAUAUGAGAAAUUAGGCCAUCUACAAGAAAUUCAAGAGGACCAAUUAUUGUGUCCUAAUUACUUUCUGCCCCAUCAUUGUGUGCUCAAAUCUGAUAGUACUACAACGAAGCUAAGAGUAGUUUUUGAUGCGUCCGCAAAAACCUCUACGGGCAUUUCGCUCAACGAAAUCAUGCAUAAGGGGCCAGUAGUACAAAGUGAACUAGCAGCCAUAUUAAUGCGAUUCAGAAUGCCACGAUUCAUAUUUACGACAGAUGUGGAAAAAAUGUAUCGACAGAUACAAAUUCACCCAGAUGACAGACGAUUUCAAAAUAUAUGGUGGCGCGAACAUCCUAACGAGAAAUUGCGGUUGUUGCAGCUUAGUACAGUAACUUAUGGUACUAGGGCCGCACCGUACCUAGCUACAAAAUGUCUACAGACGCUGGCCAUAAAAAACAAAUCUAAGUAUCCUCUCGGAGCAGCAGCACUCGAAACCGACUUCUAUGUUGACGAUGGUUUAUGCGGAGCCAACACAAUAACGGAAGCAGUUGAAAUUAAAAAUCAACUGAUCAACAUUCUCUCUACAGCCGGUUUCAAAUUACGAAAGUGGUCAGCCAAUCACAAACAGUUGCUUCAUGGCAUAGCACCAGAAGACCAAGAAGUGGAUUUGAAUCUUUUAGAUGAAGAACAUACAUCAGUUAAAACUCUGGGAAUUAUAUGGCUACCAAAGACUGAUCAAUUUCAAAUCAAAAUGAAUACAACAACAGAUCAACAACAACAUCAGUCACCAAAUUGGCAGAACACCAGUAUUCCCAUGCAUGAUGAUGACAUCAAUCAGCUGAAAGCGGCUUUAAAGACAUUUCAACAACAAGAAGAACUUCCUGCAAAUGAAAGAGCACAUCAUCAACAUCAUUUUGUUAUCGAGUACUUAGCACUUGGACUAAGUAUAUUAAUCCUAUGCAUUAUCAUAGUUCGAUAUACGCAUAAACGAAGAAAGCGGAACAACAAUCCAGUACCUCAACCCCGAACUCGACAACAACAAUCACAAUUCGAAAUAGACGUAGAAGCACAGAUUUGA